AUGAAAACAGUUAGAUGCUCAAUGAUGUCACAGUAUUUUCUUCAAUGGCUUGUGUUCGUCGAUCUUGUUUGUUCACAAUUUCAGUCGCUUAUUCACGUUGGCGAUUUCGGUACAUCAUUUGCACCUGCUGAUCUAAUUGAGUUAAUAAAUACAAUCUCGGUAUCAUCACAAAUCAGUUGUGCACAAACAUGUAAUGUGAAUUCGUUGUGUCGGACAUUCGAUUAUGAUACAUUAUCUAAACGAUGUCGACUAUUUGAAGGUGAAAUAACAACUGGUCAAGUGAAUAGAUCAGCAGCUAUCCCACCAACAUCAAGAGUUAGUAGUAUUGCAUAUACACAACUACUUUAUUUAGCCUAUAACCAAACAUGUGAUCGAUGUCAAGAGAACUUGCGAUCAGCACAACAACACGUAACACUGACGAGGGAACAUAUGCAAGCAGUGGUAUUACUUCGGCCACAACCACGUAAAUAUGAAUUUUUAAAGGCAAUAACAACAACAAAUGCAGCUGGCUAUUCGUAUGUAGCUAGCAUCAAUUCAAAUUGUCAACCAUAUUUGUGUGGUGAACGUUUAGACGUAGCAACUACUGCCACAUUAACAAAUAUAACUAUUAUUAUUAUUGUUCAAAAAACCGUUAAUGCUGCAUAUAAGACUACGACAUACAAUACUGCACGGUCACUUAUACAACAAACGUAUAUUGAUAAUGGUACAACAAUUACUUAUAUAUGGACACUAUUAACAGGAAUGGUAUUUCCAAUAAAUCAGUCCCCACUUACAGUUGAAGCACAAUUUGAUUUAUAUGGUACAUCACAAAACACAACAGGAGAUACGUUCAGUAUCAUAGCCCAAGGAAAUAGUGUAACAACUAUGAGCACCGGACAUUUUUAG